AUGGGAUAUGGGCCAACUUUGAUGAAUUUCGAUGAAGACGGUGACUAUGAUGAGACACAACCAAAAGAACAGGAGUUCACGGUGUGGGAAGACAAAGAUGGACAGGGAUUGGCUCAAGUCGAAGUCAAUUCAAUGUCUUCAUUCCAUGACAUAUUCUCUUGUGCUCUUCAGAGGCAAAAGGUUGCACAUACAAGCCUGAAUAAUAUAUCUAGUAGGAGCCACAGGUUGCUCGUGAUUGCAAUUUCCUCUCCUUACCGUGAUAGUGUUGGGCAUAAGAUCAAUGGGAAGCUAAACCUCAUUGAUUUAGCAGGAAAUGAGGACAACAGAAGGACUUGCAAUGAUGGAAUUCAUCUUCAAGAGAGUGCCAAGAUAAACCUGUCUUUGUUUGCGUUGUCAAAUAACCCUGGGGAAUACCAAGAAUCUGUUCACACAGUUAGCUUGGCGGUUAGGUCUCACCACAUUUCUAAUUUUGUAUCAGCUCAGAAAAAUACUACUCCAAUGGUGAAAGUUGACAUGGAGGCUAAGCUUCGUGCCUGGCUAGAAUCAAAAGGCAAAACAAAAAGUGCUCAAAAGAUGGCGGGAUUACGUUCUCCAUUUACUGGUAGAACCCCUAGUUCUCUGAACUCGGCAAUGAAAUUGAACUCAGAAGUAAAGUUUGUUACCAGCAACACAUACCAAUUCGAAACAGAGAUCUGCGAAGAAGCGGCUGGCUCGGAGUCCAGCUCAGGCGCCUGCAACAUGGCUCGAGACGAUCUCUACGCUUUUGGAGACUCUGAGGUUCACAUAUUCGGAGACUCUCGGUAA